ACAAAAUUCGCGAAUGACGGGACGCAGUAUCAAGAGCAACUAUCUCUGGGUCUGGAAACCUGUGAUGCUUAUUUGCUGCUGGUCGCAACGCUUCCCAUGGCAGCCACGCAUGACAAGUUUUUGAAACGCCUUCUGAUGUCUAGGACGCAUUACAAAUUGCGUUUUCGCAUGAAAAAGGAAGCGGCUCUUCUGCUGCUCCCGCAACACAGAUUUUCUAGGAAUACAAGACACGCAUUACAAGUUCCAUUUUUCCAGACCCAGACAUAUUUGCAGUUGAUACGCAGCCAAUGAUGGCGACUGGAGUUGGUGGUGGGGCAGGCGGGGUCAUCAGCAAUGCGGCUUGUUCACCGCUAACUAAUAAAAAUCUGUCCUAUAACCAGAACGUCGCUUUGAAUGGCUACACGAAUAGUCCGGGGGCGAUGAAUCAGGACAACCAGAGUGCGGCGAAGUCACGCUUAUGCAUUGCAAAUAUGUUUGGGUCUGGAGGUGGUAACUUGUCAUGGUAAAUCUGAAGCGUGCAAAAAUCUGUGUUGCAUGAGUGCCAAAAGCUUUCCACUUUCGACCAAGUUGGGGGGGGAGUUUCUCAUGCAGGAUAGGCAUGGCGGAGACCUCGCAGAGUCUGUCAUGCUAAGUCCCGCAUUCCAGACCUCAUGGGUCACGGAAAAUCUGCAUGACAAGUUUACAUUCUUCCAGACCCAGAGAUUUUUGCAUUUGAUAACGCUAUUAUGCGAACAAAUCCUCGUUACAGCAGAUGGCCAGUUUGAUCGCGGAAUCCAGUAUCAAAAUGAAAAAUCCCCCCUCCCCAUAUUGAAACGGAAAUUUCUGUUGCUGGAUUUGUUUACACAAAUCAGCUCUGUCUUGCAAUGAGGCACUGCAGGCAAAGCCUCAGCCUGCACAGGGGUGUUUUUGUGUAGCUGCUUAGCAUAGCAGAGGCCUUCGAUGUAGGCGUAACAGCAUGACAAAUCUCCGGUAUGAAGCGGCGGACUCUCUGGAUUUGCCCCCUUGCAAGAGAGGCAGGAUUUGCGGUCACAAAUCAGCAUCACAAAUCUUUUCAGUAUGGGGAGGGGGAAUUUUUCCUCUCAAUAUCCAGAAACAAAUUGCUAGCGAAGACGGAUAUCCAGCACUGCUUGCGAGAAUUGGGGAUCUGCAAGCGGCACAACUGGUUUCUGUGGGACGAAGCGGAGCGGAUUUUGGAGCAGGUGGGCGAGACGAACAGCAAACUCGCGUUCUUGCCGUUCCUGGCGCUUUUCCAAAGGCUCAAGGAGUUGUCGAAACGAAUGCUGAUGGACAUCUUUGACAGCUACAGCAGCAGCCCGAACCGAGAGGAAUCCAAGAUUCUGACCAUGAGCGAAGUAUCGAGGCUGCUGACGGAUAUCGGGCUGGCACCGAGGACGAAAUCGGAGCAGGACCAGAUGAAAAUAUCGGAUGGGAAGAAUGUUGAGUUUGUCAUGCGGCACACGAAGUGUAGAUACAGUUUCUAUAUGCAUAAGAUCCUUGUGAUGGUGUCUCCACACAUUAACUCAACGACUUUCCACUUUCGAUAAUCAGCGAUUCUUUCGGACUCCGACGUGGAUAGCAGUGGCGAGAUCGACUUCCUGGAAUUUCAAGGGCUGUAUGCACGCGUGAUCUUGGAGUUCGAAUUCGGACAACAGGAGCAGAUGCUGUACGAGGCGAGAUAUUACCAUGAAAAAUGCCCCCUCCCUAUAUCAAAAAAUCUGUGAUGCAGAUUUGUGGCCACAAAUCAGCUUUGUCAUGCUAGAACAGGCAAAAGAUGUAGACACUGUAGGGGUGGCUAGCGUGGGAAUAAACCUUUGCAUCUUCAGCAUGAGAGGAGGCAGCUGGAAGUGAAAAACAGCAUGACAAAUUACCUGCAAUCUAAGCCACAGCUGCGUCUCUUGGCCUUUUAGCAAUACAAGUCGAUUUGCGUACUUACAUACAGCAUCACAAAUCUCCUUUAUGAUGUGGGGAGGAGGAGUUUUUCCUUUCAAUACGAGGCAGCUGGGAUUUACGGACGAGGAUCACGUGCUGGAACUGAAGGAGAUUUUAUCAAAUGCAAAAAUGUCUGGGUGUGGAAGAAUGCGCGAUUUGUCAUGCUGCUUUUCCAUGACCCAUGAGGUCUGGAAUGCAGGACCUAGCAUGACAGAUUCUGCGAGACCUUUCUAAUGCCUAUCCUGCAUGACAAACUAUCUCCCGACUUGGUCAAAACUGGACGACUUUUGGCACUCAUGCAACACAGAUUUUUGCAUGCUGCAGAUUUAGCAUGACAAGUUGCAAUCUUCCAGACCCAGACAUUUUUACAUUUGAUAGAUUUUCGACAUUAUCGACACGGACCAUAGCGGGAAUUUGGAUAUCACGGAGGUGCGCGAGGUGAUCGGGAAGCUCUACCACAUCGCGGCGGGGCAGUCGUUCCUGACCAGCGAGUGCCUCUUAUCCAAGAAAAAAACGUUGUUAGUGUAAAUUUGUGAUGCGCAACAUGCAAAAUGAUUGCGUCUGUCAUGCUUGGCAUGCAUUGUAGGGCCUUGUGCAGGGCGUUUUCGCAUACUAUCUGCGCAUGACAGGUUUUUGCUGUCAUGCCAGACAGAUUUGUGAUGCUGUUCCUUCAAAAGAGUUACACCUACAACGUUUUUUUCUUGGAUACCUCUGGGGGCUAUUUCACUCUUUGGACCUGCACCCGCUGAAGGACCAGAUUGAUUUUCCGAACUUUCUGCGCAUGAUCCGCUGCAUAGAGUCCGGGCACCCAGAAUUUGCUCAUCUGAAGGCGAUCUUCGGUGUCGGUGAGGACUUUCUGGAAUCGGGAAUCGGGCUCCUUAGCCUGGCGAGUGCGGAGGAUGGCUCUGCAACCGGGGAUGACACCGACGCGACUUUGACCAAGGGUGGAAAGAACGGGGCAGGGGAUCAGGGAACGAACGGAUCGGCGAUUGGCCGAAGGCGGACGGAGGGCGUGGGAUUCCCAGGACGCAGCGGGACACAGCAGGAGGCGAAUGAGACGUCGUCUUCCGAGUCGGACUUCAUGUCGUCUCCGGUGGGGAGAUGACGGGCGGGAUGGUAUCAAAAACGAAAUUUGUGAUGGUAUCAAAAACGAAAUCCCCCCUCCCCAUAUCGAAAACGAAAUUUGUGAUGCUAUAUUUGAGUACACAAAUCAACUUGUAAUGCUAGAAGGCCAAAAGACGCAGCUGUGGCCUCGUUUGCAAGAAAUUUGUCAUGCUGUUUCCCACUUCCAGCUGCCCCCUGUCAUGCUAAAGAUGCGAGGCUUUCCCACGCCAACCAGCACACAGUCCGCAUCUUUUCCCUUCUAGCAUGAAAAAGCUUAUUUGUGGCCACAAAUCUGCAUCGCAGAUUUCUAGUUUGAGUAUGGGGGGGGAUUUUUCAUUUUGAUAGAUGGAGGAGUGAAGAACGGCAACUAUCCAUGGAAAAAAAUGAGUAGACACUGCAGUAAAAGUCAGCAACCUACACAUGAUCAAAAAUAUUAAGACGUGCUUCUGAAAAAUGCAUCUGUACCAAUCCAGCAGACAACAGUGAAGUAAAGCAGUGAAGUAAAAGUAAAUAGGCCUUUAGGACAAAAUAUCAAAGGUCCUGAAGACAACAAUACCAAAUUUAGGAAGGGCAACGAUAGUUGCAAAGGUACGGAAGUAUAGAAGACUACCGAGUUAAAUUGGCAUGCCAACACUGAAAGGAAUGAAGUUGUAGCUAUAAGCAAUGAAGCCGUAGCAGUAAGCAAUGAAGUCGUAGCAAUAGCAGUGAAGUCGUAGCAAUAGCAAUGAAGUCGUAGAAAUAGCAAUGGAAUGAUCGUAGUGAUAGCAAUGGGACCGUAUGAUGAGGCACUGAAAAUAAUUCUCGAUGGACAGAAGCACUGAAUGUUAAUAAUGCAUGUAUGGGGCUUUUACUGUACAGAGUAUUGGUGUAUGAGACAGACGACAUGGUCUAGAAAACGUUUCAAGUUGUAACUGGAAGACUCAUAUAAAAUCGUAAAAUUAUUGCAAUAACAAUGAUCCGCAGGAAAAUUACGAAAAGGAGAAUCUUCAAGCAGCAUGUUAUUAAGUGGCGGAACAGUACUUGGGCUUUGUAAGUAGUUUCAGAU